AUGAGCGAAGAAGCAGGAUCCGGCGCCUCGGAUCCUCUUCAUGUCAUUAUCAUCGGCGCCGGCCUCGCAGGCCUGGCCACGGCCCUCUCUACCAAGCUCGCUAACCCCUCCCACCGCGUCACGAUCCUCGAAGCCGUCAAGGAACUCCAGGAAGUCGGUGUAAGUUGUUCGGUCGCCCUUCCCUUCAACCACUUACCCCCUCCAUCGAGUCUCCUCCGCUCACAAUCGCUGUCGCAGGCUGGCCUCCAACUCACACCCAACGCAACCCGCCUCCUCGACGCCUGGGGCUUGCACUCAUCCCUCUCCGUCCUCGCGACCCGUCCCUCGACCCUCUCUGUCCACCGCUACGACGGCGCCCGCCUCCUCGCCCACGAGCCGCGGCUCCAGGAAACCAUCCAGUCCCGCUACGGCCACCCCUUUUGGGGGCUCCACCGCGUCGAGCUCCAGCGUGCCCUCGUCGACCGCUGCACCGCCCUCGGCGUUGAGCUCCGUCUCUCCUCGCGCGUCCGCUCCGUGGACUUUGCGCGCGCCACCGUGACCCUCGACCACGAAGACCGCGAUGUCGCCACCGCCAUCGCCUCCGCUUCCAGACCCGGCUCCACGAUCGCCGGCGACGUCGUCGUCUGCGCCGACGGCAUGUGGUCAGCCACCCGCGCCCAGUUCCUCAACCGACCUUCGCCCCUGGCACUCACCGGCGACCUGGCGUUCCGGAUCGCGAUCCCGAUCGACUCCCUCAAGGGCCCCCACAAAGCCGAGCUCGAGGCUUUUAUAGAGUCCGAAACGGUCCACUUCUGGAUCGGCCCGCGGUCCCACGGCGUGUCUUACACUGUGAAACAAGGCCGCAUGCUCAAUCUGGGCCUGCUAUCCCCGGACAACCUCCCCGAGGGCGAGACAAAGGUCAUCGGUGACGUCGAGGAGAUGCGCUCCCUCUUCUCCGAUUGGGACCCCCUCCUCCGCAAGCUCCUGGACCAGGUUGAAAGCGUCCAUAAGUGGAAGCUCUGCUGGGUCGAGCCCCUCGACCAAUGGGCCAGCCCCGACGGUUUCUUCUUCAUGGCUGGAGACUGCUGCCACCCAAUGCUCCCCUACCUCGCGCAGGGCGCAAACUCGUCCCUGGAAGACGGUGCCGUGCUGGGCUACCUCCUCGGAAAGGUUGGCGGGCGCGGGACAAAGGAUGCGCAGCUCCCCGCCGCGGCGGCCAUGUACCAACGCCUCCGCAUGGGUCGCGGGCAGCGUAUCGUCAUGGAGUCUUUCCGACAGCGCGACGACUUCCACUUGCCCGACGGCCCAGAGCAGGAGCGCCGCGACGAGGUCAUGAUGGCGUCGCUGAGGCCGGGGGAGGAGCCGCAGCCCGGCUUCCCGUCACGAUGGACGUGCCCCGAGAUCCAGGGGUUUCUUUAUUCGUAUGAUGCAUACGCUGAGGCGGAGACGGCCUAUCGGCGAGACCCGUAUUAG